AGGUCGGCGCGCGUCCCCGCGGACUAAGCGGCCCGUUUGCGCGCUCCCGUGACCAUGUCGCCAUUUUGUUUCGAAAAAUAUGACUGAGUUUUUCCUGCUUUACGAGCUAAACUUAGCUUCGUGCCCGACCAGUUUUGUGAGCGAGUGCGAAUCGUACGCGUUAUAUCAGAAGUAGUACCUAAGAUUAUGUAAGCCAGGCGGACAUGAGCGAUAGAGAACCGCGGGUUUGAUAAACUUCCAGGCCACGUUUGAUUAACGUUAGCUAAGCUAAGCUAAGCUAGCUUGUGCUGUCGCGGACUGAUCCCCCCCCCCUUCGUCAAAACAAACCGAUCCUCUCGCGAGCCAAUGUAAGCUAGCCAGCUAGCUAACAGGUAGCGUUAGCUGGAUAGCAAGUGACCUAACGUUAGCUGGCUGCUUGACGAAAGACCAUCAACCAUCCGGCACGGACGAGUGAUUUAUAUCUGACGACAUUUUUAUCUUAAAAGGUUAUGGUGAGGUCCUCAGCAUCCCAUCUCCUAAAGAGGCCUGUGUUCCAAUAGGAGACUCAUGCUGAUAAAUGCCAGGCCUCGCCACACACUCUGCCGUCUACACAAACACAAAUGCCUGCCUGCCCGUGGGGGAGGUCUGAUUAAAGAUACCCACAUUUCAUCCACUGGGCUGUGUCCCCCGUCCCGGCAGCCACCAUGUUCUGGAAGUUUGACCUGCACACCACCUCCCACAUCGACCAGCUGCUGGACAGGGAGGACGUGACGCUGAGGGAGCUGAUGGAGGAGGACGAUGUCCUCCAAGAGUGUAAGGCCCAGAAUCGCCGGCUGCUCCUCUUCCUCUCCCAGGAGCACUGCAUGCAGGAGCUAGUCAGCCUCAUCACCACAGAGCCCCCUGCUGACCUGGAGGAGAGGAGCCGCUUCAAGUUCCCCAACAUAGCUUGUGAACUCCUGACAUCAGACGUGUCCAUCAUAAACGACAAGCUUGGUGGGGAUGAGUCUCUCCUCGAGAUGCUGUACCACUUCCUGGAAGAGGACCCACCCCUCAACCCCUUGUUGGCCAGCUUUUUCAGUAAGACUAUUGGCAAUCUCAUUGCCAGGAAAACUGAACAGGUGAUCUCCUUUCUGAGGAAAAAGGAGGGUUUUGUUGGUCUGGUGCUGAAACACAUUGACGCCUCCGCCAUGAUGGACCUGCUGCUUCGCCUCAUCAGCUGUGUGGAGCCUGCCCCUUUAAGGCAGGAGGUCCUCAUUUGGUUGAAUGAAGAGAAGUUGAUUCAGAGACUCACAGAGCUUAUCCAUACAGGCAAAGAUGAGGAGAGACAAUCAAAUGCGUCUCAAACGCUUUGUGACAUCAUCCGCCUUAGUCGAGAUCAGGCCAAUCAAAUGCAAGAGAAUGUGGAGGCUGACCCGCUAUUGGCUGUUCUAGAGUCUCAGGACAGUGUGGCUGGACUCCUAAAGACCAUGUUUGAGGGGCAAAGGUGCGAGGCCUCCAUUGUUAAUGGAACUCAAGUGCUACUUACCUUACUGGAGACCAGAAGGUCUGGGUUGGAAGGGCUGAUGGAUCUGUAUUCUCAGGGUUAUGAAAGGUCUUACACUGUCAACAGCAGUAUUUUAAAUGCCAUUGAGCCCCAUCUAAAGGACUUCCAGCAGCUUCUCCUGGAUCCCCCCAAGAAAAGUGCAAUAUUGACAACCGUUGGCGUUCUGGAAGAGCCACUGGGGAACGCCCGCCUUCAUGUGGCCCGUCUGGUGGCUGCUCUGCUACAGACCAGUGCCCCCAGUAUCUGCCAGGAGCUCUGCAACCUCGCCACCAUGGACCAACUACUGGAUCUGUUCUUUAAGUACUCCUGGAAUAACUUUUUGCACUUCCAAGUGGAGAUGUGUGUGGCAUCUAUCCUGAACCACCCUUGCUCAGAAGAGCGUUCCAUCCCGGGCCUCCAGAACCACAAUGAUAAGCCUGCAGGAGCAGGGAGCCCCGAGGCCCAUCUGGUGGGAGGAGAGUCAGGCAGGACCAGUGAGCCUGAGACCUCCAUCCGCAAGGCCCUUGUGGCACAUCUCUUCCAGAAGUGUCGGCUGGUCCAGAGGAUCCUUGACGCCUGGGAGGAGAAUGAUAAAAUUCAGGCUGAGGGUGGCACCAGAAGGGGGAAUAUGGGUCAUCUGACCCGAAUUGCCAACAUGGUGGUACAGAACCUGGAGAAAGGACCGGUCCAGGCCCAGAUCACUGACCUCAUCAAAGGUAUGAAUUAUGUCUUUGCAGAGCUGCCAGAGGACUGCAGAGGUCGAUGGGAGAGCUUUGUAGACCAGACCCUAAGAGAGACUAACAUAAGGAACACGGUGGAGCUGGUCAGCACCCACAACAUGCACUCCUCCAGUGAGGAUGAUGACAUGGAGAGCUCCUUCCCCAAUGACCUCUCUCUACAGCAGGCCUUCUCCGACUAUCAGGUCCAACAGAUGACUGCCAACUUUGUGGAUCAGUUUGGGUUCAAUGAUGAGGAGUUCAGUGAGCAUGAUGAGAAUAUCAAUGCCACAUUUGACAGAAUUGCCGAAAUAAACUUCAAUCUAGAUGCAGAUGAUAACAGUGCCAAUGCGGCUGCUUUUGAGGCCUGCUGUAAAGAGAGGAUCCGCCAGUUUGACGACGCUGAAGAAGAUGAUGAGGAUAUCUGGGAGGAGAAGGAGAUAAACUAUGCAACACAAGUCAAAUCCCGAACAAGGUUCGGUGUGUCCCACACUUCGGAGGGCAGCUCCAGGAGCAGUCUGGAGAAUGGGAGCCGGGACCGGGAUGCUGGGUCUGGUUCUGAUGAAGAUGAAGACUCUGUUCAGGUCAACUCAGACACAGGUCCAGGCUGGACCGCAAAUUUCGGGGACUCUGGGGGCUCCGGGACCUCCCAGACCCCAGCAGGGUGGGACUCCUCAGCCCCAGCCAGCAGCAGCGGAGGCUCACAGCAGAGCGGGUGGGCCAACUUCACUGAGUUCCAGCCUUUCUGUGGCACAGAAUCAGGCCCCAGAUGCAGCUCCCCUGUGGACCCAGGCAGCAACAAUGCAGACAAACAAGCCAAACAGAACCUCGAUAAGAGCGCGGCAAGCGGCUCAUCUGGUGCCUGGCCUGUGGGAGAGGGGAGGAAGGCUCCCCUCGUAGCCUCAGACAGCAGCUCCUCCGGGGGGUCGGACAGUGAGGAGGAGGACAAGACCACGGCAGGCGUGGCUGCGAAGCCGGCCAGCAGCCACAGCGGCAAGACAGCUGACCUCAAAAGCGAGCAGAGCCCGGUGUCUCUGGAGAAGCUGUCUCUAUCAGACACCCCUCCAAAGGCCUCGGAGGAGCAGCCCUCUGGAGAGACUCCCAAAACCACACAGACUGAUAGGAAAGAGGAUACACCACAGCCCCCAGAGGUGUCAGUGAACGGGCCGGUCUGAGGGCAUCCAGAGGCAGAACCCCCAGCUUGGACCGGCGCCACAGACUGUCGGCCACCUCUAGAGAGACUCCCCUAAAUAAACUCACUGCAACUUACGGUGUUUUUCUGAAUCACUCUGCCAUGUUAUUGGACCUGGACACUGCCAAUCAACGCCAGUUAAAGCGGCGGGCGGGACAAGUAAACCAACCAACCAACCAACCAACCAGUUGACAAACAGGAACACCGCAGAGAGGAAUCAUUUGUCAAAGCCUUCUCUGAUGUUGCACAUACAACUAACGUGCGGUUUUUAAUGUAGCAGCAAUUUUAAAAAACAACAGAGGAGGAGUACAAACAUGGUUCUUAUUUUUUUAUUUUUCUGAAGGAUCUCCCUCUAUCUCUUUCUUUCUCUCUCUCUCUCUCUCAUUUUCUUCCCUGCUCGGUCAGACUGUUGGACACUGAGUGGAUGGGAUGGUCUAAGGUUGCCCCUGAGUGGAUAUAGCACAGGUUAACUUUUAACAAAAACGAUGCCUCAACAAUAAAUUUUAAAAAAGAUUUUUUUUUGGAUUUUUUUUUUUAAUAGGUUUUUUAUUCCUCUUCAAGCUUAAGAGAAAGCACUUAUGCAGCCAUUUUACUGUACAUUAUAGCACAAAGUAAGUGUUCCACCCUCAUUUCCGCUGGCCGUUUGACCUGUUCGUACACUCAGAGCGUUUUUUUUUUUUUUUUUUUUUUGCUGUUGAUGAAACAUCUCAUGUCGUCAUCGGGCCACCGGGUUUUUCUGGGGGGGUUCUGUUUGGCUUCAGGAGAGUCCGUCAGUGAGGGAGGAGCGGGUCGAUGAACAGAGCUCUAUAGUAUUACUGUCUUGUGCUCAUGUGCAAUAAUGUCAAUUAGCCAUUUUAUUUAAAAAAAAGAGAAAUUCAACUUUUUUUUUUCCUUUUUGAGAAGAAUCAAAUCUAGUGGGUUUUUUUUUUUUGGAGAACGACAACUCAUUCAGAAUAGUUAUGGGCAAACAAAUUUGGAUAUGAAUCUCACCUUGAGGUUUUUGAUUUUUUUUUUGUUUUUUUUUUGGGUCUUUGUUUCAUGUUAAUGCAUGUAUAACCGGUUCUCUGUUGACCUAGCUAGUGAGCUGAGACCUUCUGAUUGUAUUGACAUUUUUAAGUUCUUAUUUACUAUCCCCCCCUGAAAUCAACCAAACAUUAUCUACCUAUAUUCAAACAUUAUCUACAUUUAAAAGUAAUUUUACAAGCAAUCUCCAGAUUACUGUUGUCUUAUGUUCCCAGCAUUUACUCACAGGGCAAGAGUUGCUGUCGAGGCUGGUAGGAGUGAUGCUGUCUUCUUUUCUAUUUGGUCUUUGUUUUUUUUUUCCUUUUUAAAUUCCUUUACAGGAGCCGUAUUGGAGAGAGGGGCAGGCUUUGGGUUCUGCGGAGUUGCAGACCUAUUUAGUGUACUUAAACCGUUUGACAGCUAUCAGGUUCUACGAUUAUUGUUCAAAUUUGAAAUUAAAAGUGUCUGGUUGACCGCAUUAAUACCAAA